GGAUUGGGAAUGGGACCGGGAUGGGAAUGGGAACGGGGUUGGAUCAGGAUGGGAGCAGGACUGGGAUAAGGAAAGGGAUAGGGAUGGGAACGGGACUGGGAUAGAACGGGGUCAGGAUUUGAGCAGGAUGGGGACCAUGAUCUGGAAUGGGAAUGGGAUUGGGAUGUGGAAGGGGACCGGGAUAGGAAAGAGAUGGGGAUGGGAUCUGUGAUUCCAUGAUCCUGUUGGGCCCCUUCCCACUCAGGAUAUUCCAUGAUUCCCAGGGCUCCAGGAGGAGGCUGGAGGCCCCGCUGGGACGGGCGCUGCGAGGGUCACUGGUGACACUGGGGGAAAGCCCCGUCCCCACAGAGGUCGGGCUGGGAACUGGGGGAUGUCACCAGAACCCCAGCGAGGGACACCACGGCCACCCUAGAGCAUCCUUGGAGGUGCCCAAUGGAACUCUGUGAUUCCCAAGACUCCUUCCAGUGGCUGUGGGCCACUGGGAUUUGGGAUUUGGGAUGGGGUGGGACAGGUGCUGCCCCAGGGAUCCUCUGCUGUUCCACACCACACGCCUGGGGACAAAAAGGCUCUUGGAGAGCUCAGCCCUGCGAGUGGCAGCAGCGUCCAUCGUAAAUCCCAUGGGAGAAGGGGUGGGAAACACUCCUGAGACACCACAGAGCUCGUCCUGCAGUGCACACACCGAGGGCAAACCCAUCUCAGGAGAAACAGCGAGGACUGGGCAGGAAUUUGGGAUGUGGCUGAUCCUGAUCCAGAGCUGUGGAGAGCUCCCAGCCUCUCCUCAUUAACCACGAGCUGCUGGAAGAGCCGGUGAGGGCGAGGGGAGCUCCCUGCUCACAAUCCCAGCAGUGCCAGGGCCUUUUCCACACUCCAGCCCUGACCUUGUGGGAAUAUCUGUGGGGAAGGGUUCAGUUUCCAAAGCAGAAACUUUUUUUUAUGAGGCCAAGAUGUUUCCAUUCUAUUUGAGCUGCUCGCCCGCAGCGAUGUUCCCGUACACACGUUGGACUUCCCACGUCAUCUACUCCAGGCUCCCCAGGGACAGGAUUCAGGAAGACAAAAAACCCCAAUCCUUACAAAAUAUCCCCAAAGUGAAAAGUGCUCCUUACAGGCUUGCCAUGAAUGGCAGUGCUUUAAAAUUAGGGACAGGAAAUGCAGAAAUUGUGGAGUCUGUACAGUGUUUGACCAGACUGAAGUAAGUAUUUAAAUGUUCAUCUCUCUUACAUCCCAAAAUAGAAUCAAAGAUGAUUUAUCACAGCUGUUGCAGCAGAAUCUGAGGACAUUUCCUUGCCCUUUGCCCUCAGGAUCAGAACAACUUGGUGCUGAGUAGAAUUACAGGGCUAAAAUCGUGGUUUUGUCCCCGAAUGUCUUCAGAGGUCACUGCUGGAGCACAGAGAUGCACUUUUGAUUCAUUUAAACUCAGCAAGGUGGAAUUCAGAGCACACAGAGCACACCACGCUCAUUUCUGGUCUUUUCUUAUCUCCUCUUUUGCCUUUCCCAGCUUGGAGGAAUUCAGUCACUGGGAGCAGAAAGGUGGUUCAAAGACAAUUUUUGUUGAGUGCAGUGUGAGAAGUGACCUUUGGGCCCUGAGUUUGCAAUCAAGAGGGGCAGAGAGAGCUGCAGGGAUCAUUUCUUGUUGGCUGGAGUCAAUUCAGGGGUGUGUGCAUGAGCCACCAGCCACAGGUUUGGUCUCAGCAUCUGCCACAGCCCCUGGCAUCUCCCCACAGCCACAUUUCCCAUUUCUGCUCUGAAAAGAACCCUGUUUCUCCUUCCACAUCCCCCUAACAUCGAUAUAUUCUAUGAAAGAUGUGCCAGAAGCAAAUGGGAUGGUUACAAAUGGACUUCUGGAGGAAAAACUUCUGCCAGAGCUAGGCAGAAGGAGAAACAUUUUCCCAACGUGCUGGGGUGUUAGCAAGGUCUCUCUGGCUCUGCUCAUCUCUUACUCCUUUUGUACAAUGCAUGAGGAAUAAUUCCAACCAGUUUUAAAGCAUUCUGACAUCCUCCUGUGACAGGCACUGUGGUCAUGGCAAAUAUUUUUAUUUUUAGCAAGCUUCAUCUCCGAAGAUGUGUAGGAGGGCCAACAACAAUAUAAAUAGAAAAUCAUCUAAAAAACAGAUCCAAAAGCAACACAGAGCAGUAAAUAAAUCUGUAAAAAAUUUGGUGUGGAAAUAACAAUCUCUGUGCACCGUGCAAAGGCACAGAUCUUUGCAUGAGCAGCCCAAGGGUUGGUAAAGUGAAACCUCCAGAACCAGUCAAAUGUUCCCAAAGCCGCUCUCAGUUUUGCAAACAUUCCCCCUUUAAUUCAAGCUCUUGUUUUUCCAAGAGAAUUUGAAUUUUAAACAUGGGUUUCUUAGCUAAAUAUAAGCCCAUUGUGCACAAACAAUGAGUAUCUCCUUUAAAAACAAUUGUUAUUCCACAUAACAUUCCAUGUUAUUCCAGGGUUGUACAGUCUCAAAGAGGGUGAAUCCUGUGUGGCUUCACUCUGUGAAAAGGCUGCUCUGGCAAUCUAGACCAUCAGACAAGGUUUGAAAACCUCUGGGUUUGAUUCUGUAUUUUACUUGAAUCCUUUCAGGAUUAAAGCCUCAGAGUUGAGAGGAGGGAGGAGCUAGAGAGCAGAUUGAGAACUUUGGGAGAAUACAUUGGGUUUUUUUUAUUUGUACUAAAAUCCCUUCUCUCUGCACAGGGAUUCCUGCUCUGCUCGUGGUGGAAGGAGUUUUGGGGAGAAGCACAAGAAGCCUGGGCUGGUGCAGAAGAAAUUCAUGUUGAACAAUAUUAGCAAAGGAACUCGCACUCCACUGGUCUGCUUCCAGCACGCAGCCUAAAACUGCUUUCACAUUUGUUUUAAGCAACCAGAAGCCCUCAGAGCUGCCAAAAGCAGCAGUUGAACAUUUCCUCCAGCACUGCUGUCUCAUUCCUGCCCCCACACAUCCCCUCUCCUGUGUCAGCAGCAGAUCCAGCCCUGCAAGGCCAUGGAAAAGCUUCCCCACCCCUCCUCAGCCAGCAGCUGCUCCGUGCUCGUGCCUGGGACUCCUGAUUUGAGAGUGCCACAUCCAAGCUCAGCAUCAUUUGAGCACAGUUUGCAUUCUUUUGGUCUGCCUCACGUUCAUCCACACCAAAGCUCACUCUCCACCUGCCUCUGGUUCCCUUUUGUGUUCCUCAGCACCACAUUUGGUUACCCAAAACGAAUUUUUAUUAUAUUUUUUUUUUCUUUUCAGUUGAGUGUGCCUCUCUCUUGGAACAAGCCAGCAGAGCUGUUUUCUUCUAGGAAUGUCUUUGCUCAGAUAGAAUAUUCUUCAUGAUCUGUCUCAGCUUAUCUGGCUUUUUUUUUUUCCCUGGGCUGGAGAUCUUCUGGCCACCUAGAAGCUGACAGAUCUAUGACUGGUUUUGGAGGAGGACUAUUGUGAUGAAUGUUUUUAUAUUACUCACUAACAUAUGCUUUUAAUAGCAAAUGGUAACAAAGGUUCCAGCACUCAGAGAGGCAGACAGUGACUUACUGCUGCUAACUAAUCCCAAAUUUAUCACUGUCCAGCUCCAUAACACAUUUCAAAGUGCUGAUCUAUUAAUCGACCACAAGAUUUUGAGCUUUUUUUUUUAAUAUUCCUCACCCUCUCGUUUUGCCUCUUCUUACAAAACCUGUGGGAGAUUAAAGCACCCUGGUAAUGAAAUUUCCUGGAUUUUUUUUUUUUUUUGUUUGUUUGUUUGUUUUGUUUUGGGGUUGUUUUUUUUUCAGUGUUUGGGGUUUUGCAAAAAUCUGGAAGCAAAUUUACACUGGAUGAUUUGCAAACCAUUCUCACAGGAGCCAUAUCCCAAAAGACACGAGAUCCAGCAGCUCUCUCCCAGUUCCUUGAGCUGCAUCAGCCUCCAGACAUUUUUUCCUCCUCUUCAUCAGCUGCCAGGAUGGUCAAAGGAAUAAAUCUGGGGGAGCUUGCAGAGCCUCAUCACAAACACUGCUGCACAACGAGGUUUUAGAGGGGAAAUAGAACCUUGGAAAAGCCACAUGUCCAUAAAUCUUGGGAUUCUUGUGCUGAUUUCACUGCACUGCUGUGUCCCAAAGCUGGAUAUUCCUCAGGGCAGUUCACACUCAGCACAGGCUGCUGUGGAAGCUGGGAUUGGUGCUUUGGGAAGGGCUCCAGGUGCUUUUGGGAGUGAUCUGGAAUUCUGAGCUAAUUUCCCAUGUCCUGGGAGCCCAGCCUGGCUCUGGGCAGGGCUCAGGUGUGUGCUGAGGGUCACAGCAGGGCUGGCAGAGCAGCUGGGCACAGCUUGGUGGCUGCAGCCUCUCCAGAGUGAGCCAAACCCACCUCGUUCCUGCAGAAAAAACUCUCCAUGAGCUCUGGGGGGAUUAUCUUGCUCUCCAUUCCCAUCCACAUCUCCCACACAGCCUGACAGAAUCCUCAUCCCAGCCUUGCCUCUGCUCCCUUCCCAGAAGUUUUCCAAAGACGACUGCUCCGACUGCGUUAUUUUUUUUUAGUUUAAUUUCCAUCUGUUUCGUAUUAUUUGCAGUUCUGCUUUAUCUGGGUCACUCCCUCCGCAGUGUUUUUCCCUUCCUGUUAUCCCAGAGAGCUGAUUGUAGCCAGUGUUCAGCUCCAGGCUGUCCUAAAACCCCACGGAGAUUUCCUAGAGAUGCCGUUCUCUCUUCCAUUCCCUCUGAAAGACACCCGCUCCUUCCUCAGCUUCCCAGCUCUGUCACCAGCCCGAAAUUCCCUUCCCCGUGUUUGGAGUGUCCCACCCCGGUGCUGCCUUUGAGGCUCACAUCACACGGAUCAAAUGUAUCCCGGAGGAUUCCAGCUGGGAUUUUGGAAUAUCCGACAGCUGCCUGGAAACUCCGAGCGGGGAGGGGGAUGGAAAGGUGUUUGUUCUCCCGAAGAGCAGGGUGCCAGCAGCACACAAUGACCCAGGGAGAACAAGGGAGCGAGGAGCCGUGGAGAAGGAGAAGGAAUGGACAGGCAGAACCGGAUUAUUCAAAUCGGAAUUAGAGCCGAGCAUGGGGGUGAAUGUAGGGCGCUGAAAGCUCUCCCGUGACGGCUGUAAACCCCCAAAUGAGGUUUUUUAGCACAUAAAGCAGCCGUGGGGAGGGAUGGGGAUGCUCUGUGCCCGGCUGCAGGAAUGUCCCGCUGCCCUCGUGAUUGGCUGCGGGAUGCUGGAGUCAGCUUUCACGGGGGCUGAUCAAAACUUCCCUUCGGCUCUCCAAAGUCGCUGUCUGAGCAGAGGAAUCGGCUGGAGGAGGCCGGGCGCUCUCGCAUUCCUCGGGAAAACGUCUUCAGUGGGAUGAGAGAGCUUCUCGCUGCGAGGAAAGGCAGCCGGGAGCAGGCGCCGGGGAGCCGCGCUGCUGCUUUUCCCCCGCAGAUCGGCUCGGAUCCCUCCUGGCAUGCUCCUCAUCCCUGAGGAUACCAUGUCUCAGUAUUCCACCAACUUCCUGCUGCUGCCCAUCCCGGAGUACCCCGCGCUGGACUGUGCGCCCAACAAAAUCAUCAAACUGGUGGUGCUGGGCGGCAGCAGCGUGGGCAAGACAGGUGCUUUGUACUCCAGGAAGUUCACCAUAGAUGGGGAGCAGAUCUCUCUGCAGGUGCAGGAUACUCCCUUUGUCUCACUGGAGGACGACACGGACAGCAUCUGCUGCCAGGAGCAGAUAAACCGCUCGAUCUACUGGGCCGACGGCUUCGUGUUUGUGUAUUCCAUCACGGACUACGAGAGCUUCCGCCUGCUGCGGCCGCUGCACCAGCACAUCCGCAGGAUCCACCCCAACGCCAACAUCCCCCUGCUGCUCAUGGCCAACAAGGGCGACCUGCUGAGGGCCAGGCAGGUGUCCUCCAAGGAAGGGCUGCAGCUGGCCACGGAGCUGGGCGGGACGUACUGCGAGGUGUCGGCGCGGGAGAACUGCGAGGGCGUGCGUGAGGCUUUCCAGCAGCUGUGCCAGGAGCUCAGCAGGAGCAGCAGCAGCUGCAACGGGGAGAAGAGGAGAGGUCUCCACCUCGUCCGGCCCAAGUCGCCCAACAUGCAGGACUUGAAGAGGCGUUUGAAGCAGGCUCUGACUUCCAAAGGCAAAUCCGCCACCACGCUCUGAUGAGGCCGCCCAGGAAUUGUGUUCCGGAGCCCUGGAUAUAAAAAAGGCAACGAGCUGGGGAAAAGGGGCAUCAAUUCAGCCCAUCAGGUUGUGUGAGAGGCUCUUUCGUUUGGUCUUCACAUCUUUCUCAAAAGGCCCCUGCUCGUUCAGCAAAGGAACUCGCAGAAUUUGCUCUCUGGGGCUGGUAUUUUGAAACCGUGGUUUAAAAAAAAGAGGUCGUUCCAAAUUGUUUCUUUCUUUUAUAUUCUUUUUUUCCUUUUUCUUUUUUUUUUUUGGAAAGGGGUGCAGUCGAAUAUCUUGGUGUUAAAAAGUGGGUUUUGUUAAUGAGAAUUGUGAAAUCUUACUUUUGAGAGAUGUGACUUCCCUUGGGAAUGGUUGUGUUCCCAAACACAGGCAGCGAACUACAGCAGGACAUGAGGAGAGCAAUGGGAGCAAGAAAAAUGGACCAGAUCUGCUUCAUUGCAAGACUGGGAAAUAAAUGAAUUAAUUCAUUUACAUGAAGAGCAUAAAUAGUGAAAAGUAUUCAUUCAAAGAAAGAGUUCUGAGCAGUGGGGAGAGAUUUGUUCAUAUGCAAACUUAAGCCUUACAGUGUCUCUUUAAAGGGAGAUUUUUUUAAAAAUAAAUCACUAUUUUUUCAGAUUAUUUUUGUUUAAAAGCACAGUGACUGCUUCUGAAAGUGAUUAUUUGGUUAAAAUACAAACUUGUGGCAGCAUUUUUUAGUCAGUUUCUCCAUGGCAUUUCUCAUUUUUCUGAAGGUUGGGAAAAGGGAAAAAUAGAUCAGAGUGGUUUAAAACCCACCAAAAAAUGGAAUGCACUUAUCAAGAGCAAGGAGGUCACCUAAAACUCAUAAUUUUUUUUCCUAAACCAGUUAGACUUCAAGUUCAAAAUGCUUUUAAAGAAACAAAGCCUUCACACGAAGCACAUUUACAUCGUUACUUUGUUUGGGAUUUGUUUUUAAGAAGAAAAGUUUUUUACGGUGCCUGAAAUUUUUGGCUUUGGGAACGCAUUAUUUUGUUGUUUGAGUUCAAUCCAGGCUUCCCUGAACAGCUCCCAGAGCAUCCCAGCCUGUCAGGACAUAUCCCAGUGGCAGCGUCUGGUUGUGCCUCAGCACGUCCCAGGAUUUGGGGCUGUAUCCCAUAAAGUGAUUUAUGGAACCAGUAACGACAGCACGGAGCUCCCAGAGCUCUGCUCUCAGUGAGGGUGGGCUUGGACCGUGACAAAUCCAUGAUGCACCAACCUCUUCUUCAAGCAGGGCAGAUGAGAAAUUCAGGGACCAUGAAAGGAAGUCAAGCUCAGUGAUUUAUACUCAGGGACACUGGAGGGAAACCCAAGUUUGAUGGAUAUGGAAGAACACUCCCAGCUGCAGUUUCAUCUGAGCUAAAUCAACCUUUUCCUCAUUAGGAGCGGCAAAAAUGGAGUUUGAUGAGUAUUUGUAUGGCUCAGGGCUUUAAAAUGUACUUUGAAUUUUUCAUUUGCCUAUAUUGGACAGCUCUAGCCAUGAUUUUAUCACCUGGAUUUGCCUUAUCUCCAGCUCACUUUCUGUUUUAUUUAUUGUUUUCCACAGCUGCUCAUCUGAGAAUGUCUUGUGUUCUGAUUCAUUUAAGUCUUUCAUUCCCACAAAUGACCUGCACCUGUUUUUAAAUUCAGUUUCAAGUGGGAUUAGGAGGGGAAAAGUUGCAUCAUCCAGAAAGGGACUCAAAUGAUAACAGGGAAUUUUUACUUUGGCUUAUGAUUAAUUAACAAUUUGUUGUUUGAGCAGUGUCAUUAAUCAUCCUGGGCACUUUGGUAUUUAUGGCAGAGAAUUUCAACGUUUUAAAUUAAUAAUAGCACAGCUCAAAUAUUGAACAUGAAGAUUCAAUAGCUCAAAUAUUGAAUCUAGGCUCAAAUAUUGAGUCUCAAGAUUCAAUCACAUGGAAUAGAGCAGUUUGCAAGACACACAGAAACUGAAGUAUUUUUGUAUUGGAAAAAUGAUCACCAGUUUUGAAUAGCAAUUAACAAUUUUGCCACUCCAGUACUGUAUAACAAGGGCUAAAUCUGCUGCAGACAAUUUGCUGACAUUGGUUUUCAUGAAAGCCUAAGAGAAUUUGUGCUCCAGCUUGGAAGAUUUGUUUGCAACUUCCUUCUGCUCAAAUCCUUUCUGAUUUGGGAAGAAAUGUCACCAAAAUUCAGUUGUUUAGUUUUGUUAGUGAUUAAUAAAAACAUGCAAGGUCUUCCCUGAGCAGUGAAUAAAAUGGCUCCUUUAUGUGUCACAUAUUUAAGUAUUCAUUAUUUACACUAAAAUCUAUUGUUUUCCCGUCUUACAACCUAAAACAAUCUGCUUUGGAAAUAUUCCUUAUGCAAAUAAGUAUUCCCACAUUCCUGUGGGGGGAAAAAAAGGAAAUCUACAUUUUGGCUAAAACCAAAAAAAGAUUGAAACAUUUAAGUCUCCUCUUAGGUAUUAACAUGUGGCAAACAUUUAUUCUGCUACAGAAACUUUAGCAUUUCCUUUGUUCAUUGACCAGGAGUACAAAUACUGGUUUUAAGCCAGGACUAACCAUCUACAGAAGGCAAUAAAGCUCAGUAUUUUUAUUUGGGGUGCAGCAGUUGAGCCCCAGGACAUCUCACUGUGCCCCAGAGGCAAGGCUGAAUGGCUGCACAAGAAGCAGGGAGAAAAGAAUGCUAUAGAAUUAAGUGUCUAAAAAUAAUCCUGUACGAGAUCAAAGUUUAGUCAUGUAGAACCUGAUCCUGAAUUAGAAACUUCAGGCUGCCAGGGGAAAACAUGUAUUCUACUGAAGGUUUAAAAUUAACCCUCUAGAGAGAAAGUACUGCCAUAAAGUCAAGAGGAGAGAGGGGAAAAAAAAAAAAAUUUGAAAGUGUGGGGUGAUUUUUGGA